ACUAAAUGAAGAGAUACUACACUAUAAUAAAAUCAAUAUCAUUCAAAAGAGAAAAAAACCACUAGUGUUGCGGGUAUUUGGCAAACUGGUAUAAGACUACACCAUGAAGGUUUGGGAGCGAGUUAUCGAGUAUAGGGUGCGGAAAGAGGUUUGCAUCUCGGAGAACCAGUUUGGUUUAAUGCCUGGCAGAUCGACUACAGAGGCCAUUCAUCUCGCGAGGAGGUUAAUGGAAGAGUAUAGGGCUAGGAAGAAGGACCUUCAUAUGGUGUUUAUUGACCUUGAGAAGGCGUAUGAUAGGGUGCCAAGGGAGGCCUUAUGGAGGUGCCUUGAGGCGAGAGGAGUGCCCAUCGUGUACACUCGCGCGAUCAAGGAUAUGUACGAUGGGGCUAUGACCAAGGUAAGGACUUCCGGGGGCGUCUCAGAUUCCUUCUCGGUAGGGAUGGGGUUGCACCAAGGUGGCCGGGAUACAGAAUCAGAGGUGGAAGUCAAGAUUGACUCUCACCUAGUACCUAAGGUAGACAGGUUUCGUUAUCUUGGCUUAGUAAUUCAGGCGGAUGGGGAGUUAGAUGCGGAUGUUGGACAUCGGGUUGGAGUGGCUUGGGCCAAAUGGCGGUUAGCUUCAGGGGUGUUGUGUGAUCCGAAGAUUUCGCCUAGAAUGAAAGGUAAGUUCUAUCGAUCCGUAGUCAGACCUGCUAUGUUAUAUGGGGCAGAGUGUUGGGCGGUUAAGAAGACUCAUGUGCGUCGUCUGCAUGCGGCGGAGAUGCGGAUGUNGGAAGUAGGGGAAGGGGUAGACCUAAGAAGAAUUGGGAGGAGGUGAUAAGACAGGAUUUAGGACUUCUCGACCUGACUGAGGAUAUGGCCCUAGAUAGGAACCUUUGGAGAACUAGGAUUAGAGUAGCUGGAUAGGAGCUCGGUGUUGUAGAGGUUGUUUUGUAGUGUGUUGUAUUUGUUGGGAAUCUUUUGCUAUUGUUUGUACUUGUUGCUUGUACUUGGUGCCUUAUAUGUGCUAUACUGUGUUCUCUU